UAGAAGUGUCUUGUGCUUAAAUUCUAUACUUCCAAUCCAAGAGAAACAAGACACCUCUAUGCUCCAAGUGAAGGAUCCCCACUAAUUAAACCACCUUUCAAUCAUUCAACAAUUUAAUUCGUCAUAUGUCAACGACUUUUCGAUCUAUUUAGAAUUGAAUCUUCUUGAAUCCAAGAAGACUACCAGCUAGACUUUUGAUGCAAAUUUAGGAUGGAUCUUGAAGAUGAAGAGUGGGUGAACAUUCGUUAUGAUGGGCUUCUUGAAGUCCAUAAUGAUGGGGAUGAUGAGAAAAUCUUUUCAAGAAAUUAUGUCAAGAGUCCCUCAAAUUUUUUCAAAUCGAAUUACUUCAACACUAAACACAACCUUCAAAAUUUAGUCAAAGAUGAUGAACCAAUAAUUGAAAAGCAAAUGGUUUCUUGCACGUCCCAAUUGGAUCAUAAAGACGAGGUUAAAUUACCGAGUUUGAUUAACGAGUCUAAAGAAAGAUCAGAUGAUGAUCAUCUAAAGUUGGAUCAAGAUCCGAUCUUUCAAGUUGUCUUCAAGAAAGAGAACAAAUUUGUCGAAAUGAAACUGGAUUCUCACCAAGAAUCCAAUUUGUCUCAUAUUGAAACACAGUCGUUUCAAUAUGAAGAAAAUAGUGGUGAUCAUAUAGUCGAUUGUUCAUCACCAUCAAAGAUGAUCAAGCAAGAAAUAGUUGCUUGGGAGGAAAGUAACAACAAGUUGAACUUCUGGAAGUGGGGCUUAAGUGGAAUUGGUGCUUUUUGUUCUGUUGGCAUGGCUGCUGCUACAAUUUGCAUCAUCAUAUUUGGGAAUGGUAGAAAGCACAAACAACAAAAGCUUACAAUUCAAAUCUACCCAGAAAACAAGAGGAUAAAGCAAGUGGUGCAAAAGGCAAAUGAAGCAAUGUCAGCGGUUAGAGGAGUUCCAUUGGUUAAGGCCCAAAUCACAUAUGGUGGACAGUAUGAAAGUCUCUAGCACAAUUGCCAUCUAGAAAUUGCAAAGAUAUUGGUAUCGGUUAUUUCAUACCAUUUGUAUAUAUAUGUGUGUAAUAUAUAUUUUAAGUAAAUAAUCCAUGUAAAUUAAAAAGCUUAUGAUUAUGUGAUCUUUAUGAAGUUGUGCCAA